AUGGCAAGAAUAAAUACAAUGAAUGCAUGGUUAUUUGGAUUUAUAAGUGUAUUCUUGAAGAUUUUAGGAAUAUCAGAGACAGUUUUUGAAGUUACACAAAAAUACCAAUCUUCAAAUGAUGGUGGCUAUGAAGGCAGGUUCACCUUCGAUGCUUCACCAAUUUUUGUGCCUGGGACAACCGUUCUACUGCUGCAAUUAUGGGCAUUGGUCGUGGGCUUCCGAGACAUGCCACCAUCAGUUAACAAUGGCUCAGGGUUGGGAGAGAUAUUGUGUAGCAUAUUGGUGGUAACAUGCUUAUGGCCAUUUAUGAAAGGGCUGCUUGCAAAAGGAAAAUAUGGGAUUCCUCUGUCCACAAUAUGCAAGUCUGCUCUUUUGGCAUUAUCUUUUGUGCACUUGCAUGACGAUUCCAUCAAAUCUGUUGUCACUGGAUACUUGAAAAACCCCAAUGUAACCCUCACAGACAAACCUCACUAUCAUCACUGCAUAAAAGAGCUUCACAUUCUACGACUACAUGGAAAAGAUAUAGAUAGAGACUAA